UUAUAAAUGGCCUCCCUGCACCCUACUUGUGCACGCUCCCAGGGAGCACGCAGCACCGAGAUCCAGUGCCCGCUGUACCCUCCGGACACAGUGAAACACAGAUCGAUUAUGUGAUCACUGAUUGGCCAAUCAGUGAUCACUACAUGUGAAAUCUGCAAAUGAUCACAGAGGUCACAUGGUACAAGGCUAUUCACAACAGUCUUGUACCAUGUGACAAGCUGUGACCAAUCACAGCUCACUCAGUA